AUGGCAAACGACGCCUCACCACCACCGCCGCCGCCGCCGCCGCCGCCGCCGCCGUCGUCCACCAACACCUCCACCUCUUCCUCGGCACUCCAAGCCACAUCCACGACCACCCCAUCCACGCCCUCCUCGCCGUACCCCUACGCCUUCGCUCCCGACAUAAUCCGCGCUCACCAGAAGGACGCCUACUUCCAGGGCGUGCUGACGAACCAGCUGACGGACCUGCACCGGCGGCUGCUGGGGGCGCGGUCCGCGCACGCCUGGGGCGCCGAGGCCCGCACCGCCGCCGACCUGCUGUACCUGUGUCUGACGACGCUGCUGGGCAACCGCACGCUGGGCGAGGAGUACUGCGGGCUGGUGCAGGUCGAGGGGGCGGGCAACAACGCCCUGCCAGCGCUGCCGCGGCGCGCUGCCUACAUCGCGGGCAGCAUCAUUCUGCCGUACGGGCUGGCGCGGGUCCUGCCGGGCGUGAGGGGGCGCAUACGGGGGCGGCUGCAGCGGAGUUUGCAGUUGCAGAACCAGUCACAAGCACAGUCUCCCGCGGAUGAGAAGACGGGAGCACAUCAGCAACAAAAGCAAAGCCGGCGGCGGUCCUGGACCUACACCCUCCAAUCCUACAUCCUAGCCAACCUCACGACGCUCACCUCGCCCGCGCCGCUCCACGCCGCCAGCCUGGCGCUCUUCUACUUCAGUGGGUCGUACUACGAGCUGGCGAAGCGGCUGACGGGCCUGCGGUACAUCUUCACGCACAAGGUGGGCGGCGGCCAGUCGGCGACGGACCGCAGCGCCGGUUACGAGCUGCUCGGCGUGCUGCUGGUGAUCCAGAUGGGCGUGCAGGGGUGGGUGCACCUGCGGUCGACGCUGGCGUCGCUCUCGUCUUCUUCUGCCGUCCAGCAGAGAGAAAGAAAUGGUGGAGGAGGAGGAGGAUAUUAUACCGCAGACGUGUCCCUCGACCGGCACGCCUACAGCAGCAACAACGCGAUCCUGCUCUCGGAAAUGGGCGGCACCGCCCCCGCCUCCUCUUCAUCUGCUACGGGGACGCGUCAGAUCGACCUGGCGCGCGCCACGCACACGCCCCCGCCCCCGCCGCCGACCCGGUCUUCUUCCUCCUCGGAACCCGCCGCGCGGUACGACCUCGCCGACGACGGUGUCAUGCGCUGGAUCCGCGGCGCGCAGCAGCGCAAGUGCACGCUGUGCCUGGAGGAGCUCAAGGACCCGGCCGCAACGCAGUGCGGCCACGUCUUCUGCUGGGCCUGCAUCGGCGACUGGGUGCGCGAGAAGCCCGAGUGCCCGCUGUGCCGCCGCGAGGCCAUGGUGCAGCACAUACUUCCGUUGCGGGUGGCCGUCUGA